AUGAAUAACACAGAUAACAAUUCCAUCUCUUUGCUACAUGCCAUGUACAAUGAGAUACUAUCUUUGAAGGCAGGCCAAGAAAAGGCCAAACUUGAAAUGAAGGCACAGAUCGAAGAGUUGAAGCUCGAAAUGAAAACAAGCAUUGAAGAUUUGAAUUUGGAGAUUACUGCUCUCCAGAGCCAACUGGAGAAUAGAAACAUUUCCAACCAACACACUUUGCCUUCUGUCUCUGCCAUUUCUAGUGCUAAUACCAUCCGCAAACUGGUGAGCAUAUUCCGUGAAAUAACUUUAAAGCAUAUCUGUUGUGGUGGUUGA